CCAAAUCCACAUUAAAAAGGAAGCAUUAUUAUUCUGCAGUAAUCUGCCUCCCUCUUUUUCCAUCUUCUUUAUCUACGAUUUUUGAAACAGCAAAUUCAUCAACAAAUUACUACCUAAUCAUCAGAGACCUGCCAUCUCUGUUCGGGGACCCAGAAGGUCGCCGGAGAAUACCUCAUUUAUGGUCAAAUGCCAUUAGCGGAUAGCCAUCGAGACUCGCUAGCCGGAUUAACCCUCGACGAUGUGUUAGCCAACCGAGCCGCCGCGUCGAGCCAUCAGCUUACAAAUAACCGCCGAACCCUGCUUGACAUCAUUCGUGAAGACGAGUCCUCCAAAAAGGAUCGCAAAUCUUGGAAAGCCUUCAAAGACAAGCUUCGGCUCAAACGCGCCGGAUCUGCUUGGACUUCCUCCAUCCUUAUCCCAGCUUCGGAUAUCCCUUUCCCUAUCCGGAAUAACAGAAACCUUGCCACACAGUUCCCCCGUCGUAGCUCCGUCCGAGUCCUUACAUUCUCACCUGUGGACGUCACGACUCACUGCAUGGCUGAUCCCACCGAAGAAGCCAUCAAGAGUUCCCACCUCGCUCCCAUGAUCACGCGCCAGAGAUCCACUCGCCAGGUCGGGGAUGCCGUUUUCGUCGACGAUAAACUCAAGCCUCAGAUGUCCCGCCCGAACUCCGCACGUCUGGUGGCGGCGGUGCGCGCGGAUUCCAUCCGGCGAGAGCGCGUGGUGACAUUUCGUGAUAGCAUUGAUAGCGAUGACGAUGAGGAUGGAGAUGGCCACCAGCCGAGGGAGGGGAGGCAGAUGUCUGCUCGGGAAGCUGUGGCAGCUCAGGAAGCAGCGGAGGCGGCGGCAAUGGCGGGGGAAGAGGAUGAGGAAGAUGAAGAGGAAGGAUCAUUCGGGGCUGGGGGAGGGGGGGUGACGAUGUCGCUGAUGGACUUGUUGGAGGAGACGGAUCGGCAAAUGGGGCUGGAAGGAUCGACAUACAGAAUGGAAGACGACGACGAUGACGAUUUUGAUGAGGAUGAAGAAGACGACGAAGGAGGUGAGGAGCACGAUUGCUGCGUGUGCAUGGUGAAGCAUAGAGGUCCGGCUUUUGAGCCGUGUGGGCACUCGUUUUGCAGAAUGUGUUCGAGGGAGCUCACCGUGAGCAAAGGAAAUUGUCCUCUCUGCAACAAUUUCAUCCUGGAGAUUCUUGAGGUUUUCUGAUGCAGAAAACAAAUUUUGCUUUGGUUGCUUUGUUUUGCUCUAUUUCCUUGAGCCUCGCAAUAUUGAUUUAUUUUGUAAUUUUUCGCUCUGUCCAAAAACUCAUGUUUGGCACGUUGGCUGAAUUUUGAGAUGUAAACAGGUGUGCAUGUAAAGAAUAAUUAA